AUGAAGUUAGUUAACGAAGCACAACAAAGAACAAAAGAUUUACAAACUAAAUACGACCUAGAAACUAAAACCAAGGCAGAAUUAUUGGAAUAUUUGAACUAUUACAGAGGAAUGAUGGUUAUUGAUGUUAGGAAAGGAGAGGGUAUACUUAAUUUUUUCUCUAAAAUUAAUGACCCACACGAAAAAAUAGUCGAGGCACAAACUAAUCUUGAUAACUUUAUGAAGCAACAUACAAGACCAAAUCCAAUAUUGUAUAUAUACCUAGAAAAUGAUGACAUCAUUGAUUUAGGGUCUAAAUACACCAAAAGAGGACAUAAAGCGGAGUUAUGGAUGAAGAGUGGAAAUAAAGUAUGA